CCAACCCACCUUAUACUAUACCCACUAUACCUGGCUUCUCUUAACACUUUCCCUUCUGUCUUGUAUUAUAAACUAAGAUUUCUUAAUCCAGGGUAGAUGUGAAGGCAUCCUCGCCUUCUGAAUUAGGGGAAUAAAGCCGAGCAGGGGCGAGUCGGUUUCAGUGUGCGCCUCUCCACACUCCGCAGUCGCUCACCGAACCGCGCGUCGAAGCAAAAGCUCCCGUUGCUGCGACCGAUGUCCUCCUCAUCCGGGCCGACAUGGCUCCAUGGACGGCGUUGUGCCUACUGCUGGCCACUGUGACAAGUAGUCAAGGAGCUGACACAGAGGAACGACUGGUUGAGCAUCUCCUAAAUCCUGCUCACUACAACAAACUCAUUCGGCCAGCGACAAAUGGCUCGGAGUUGGUGACUGUGCACCUGAUGGUCUCACUGGCACAGCUUAUCAGUGUGCAUGAGAGAGAGCAGAUCAUGACCACUAACGUCUGGCUCACUCAGGAGUGGCAGGACUACCGGCUCACAUGGGACCCAGAUAAGUUUGAUGGCAUGAAGAAGGUCCGCCUACCCUCCAAACACAUCUGGCUGCCAGAUGUUGUCCUCUACAACAAUGCUGAUGGGAUGUAUGAAGUAUCCUUCUACUCUAACGCUGUAGUUUCGUAUGACGGCAGUGUGUUCUGGCUGCCACCAGCAAUCUACAAGAGUGCCUGCAAGAUUGAGGUGAAGCACUUCCCAUUCGACCAGCAGAACUGCACGCUGAGUUUCCGGUCAUGGACAUACGACCGCACAGAAGUGGACCUCGUGUUGCGUGCUGAAGAUGCUAGCAUGGAUGACUUCACACCGAGUGGUGAAUGGGACAUCAUUGCGCUGCCUGGGCGUCGCAAUGAGAACCCAUCAGACCCAGCCUAUGUGGCCAUCACAUAUGAUUUUAUCAUCCGCCGCAAGCCACUCUUCUACACCAUCAACCUGAUAAUCCCAUGUGUGCUGAUCACAUCACUGGCGAUUCUGGUGUUCUACCUGCCAUCAGACUGUGGUGAGAAGAUGACGCUAUGCAUUUCUGUGCUGCUAGCACUUACUGUCUUCCUGCUGCUCAUCUCCAAGAUUGUGCCACCAACAUCUCUGGAUGUGCCACUUGUGGGCAAGUACCUGAUGUUCACUAUGGUGCUUGUCACAUUCUCCAUUGUUACAAGCGUGUGUGUGCUCAAUGUGCACCACCGUUCACCCACGACACACACCAUGCCCCCGUGGGUCAGGGUAGUCUUCCUUGAUAAGCUCCCUGCCCUACUCUUUAUGCGACAGCCCAGGAACAGCAGCGAACGGCAAAAGCUACGGCAACGGCGUCAUGCCAAUGAGAAACUUGGCAUCUCUGGUCAGGAGAGUGGUGAGGCAUGUACAUGCUAUGUCAAUCGGGCCACGGUCAAGCAGUUUGGAGGAGAGGUAGGUGAAGGUGGUGGAGAGUCCAUGGAAGGAUUGAAUGGUCUGAGGGACGGAGGGCGCGAGGGCAGAGAGGGCACCUCAGCUUUGCCACGGGCAAAGCAGCAACCUCCUGCUGCUCUUCCCCAGGGCCUUCUGGGCCAGGCAUGCCCAGGCUUCGAAGAAGCUGUGGAGGGAGUGCGCUUCAUUGCCGGCCACAUGAAGUGUGAAGAUGAUGAUCGCAGCGUGAGCGAGGACUGGAAAUAUGUUGCCAUGGUGAUCGAUCGCCUAUUUCUCUGGAUCUUCGUCUUUGUGUGUGUCUUUGGCACAGUGGGGAUGUUCCUGCAGCCUCUCUUUCAGAACUCGUCCAAGACUGUCAUCACCACGCCUGGCUGACCAAACAGACACCCCACAUCACAUUGCAGGAUGAAGAGAGGAGGGAGGAGCGAGGGCUCAUGCCAAGGGAAACUGAGAUGGAGCUGUGUCUGACUCUGGACUGCUCUUCAGCCAUAAUCUUCUAGGUUUAUAUGAAGACUUUUUUUGGAAUAGCUCAACACAAAUAAUAGCCACACAGCAAUGUUUUUAAAUGCGAAGCAUCUCUCAUCCAGUACCCUCAUUCCUCUCUUUUGACUAACACAAUAAGCAAGCCAACCAGGGAGAGAGCACACUUCACUCUGCCAGCCAACCAGUAUAAUUCUCUGCGAGCAGCUUGCUAGAUUGAGCCAUCUUCACCCACGAGCUCCACCGUGUGACAGCUAGCGAGCAUACAGCUUCCUCAAGAGACCAAUGACUGCUAAUUACCCUAGGAGAGAUAUAUUUAAGUGACAAAUCAUAUUUUUUCCCCUCUAUUCUGAAAAAUGUCCAAUAUGAUUAAUUUUUCUAGUCUAUGAUCUACAUGCAAGAGUGAAUUGCACAUACAAGACCAAUGCCAUUGUUUCUGUAUGAGAACACAAGUGAAUGCUCAUUUGGGCUUUGAGGUAUUGUAUUCUGUUAACAUAACCAGAAUAUGUUUUAAAGUGUAACAAUACACAGUGAUAAGGGGAGAAAUGGAUAGCAACAAAUGACAAGUAGAUAGAGCUAUGUAUGUUUAUUCUCAAUAUAAAAUUUUGAUGAAAAAGAAAACUGUAGUGAAAUAGGAACAUUUGCUCUGAAUUUAGCAGGGAAACAAGUUCUGGAAAAUGGACACUACAAAAGGGGGAGGACAUUUACAAAUCUAGGUUCUGAGAAAUGAAGAUAAAGGAAAAAGAAAGGAAGCCCAAAUAGGUAAAGAGUUUGGAUUUAAAAAAUACUUAAAAUCCAUUACAUCUGUGAUAUGCACAUUGGAUUUAAAUUAUUCUUCCUUCCCUUUUCUCCUCUCUUUUUACAUUUUGAUUCCUUUGUAGCUGGAUUGUGUGUUGCCAUUUGCUAUGAAUGAAUGGUGGAGCACACACAAUGUAUUAUUAAUGUUUUAGGACUCUCUCAUUUGUGGUGGUGGGUAAUAAUACACUCCUGCACUAUGUUUGUACCAUAACCUUGUCUGCACUGCUGCCAUCCUCUCCAGUCAACUGUAUCUAUCUCAUUGCUUUAAUCUUCUCCCUGCUUUAAUCUUAUGCCUUCAAAGUUACAUUCAAGAGAUAUCCUAUUAUUGUUAUACUCUGUAUCAUAAACACUAUCUAUCUGAAUUUUAAUAAUUCAUUCACUUACUUGCUUGUGAAGUACAAUUAGGGUUCACUCAUAGCCAAGUCUCUUGAUCAGAGCAGUUUUUCACAGUAAUAACCUGUUACUAUUUUUCAGCAUUUUCUA